CUUUUUACCAACAAUUAUUUGUCAAUUAGGAUGUGAAACAUUUUUUUUUAUUUGCCUAAUAUUUAUUUAUCUCUUUAAAUAAUUAUUUUCUUAAGACAAUUAUUUAAGAUAUUAAAUAAAAAAAUGUCUUCGAGAACUGAUGUUACUGUUAAAAACUUGAUUGUGUUCAACUCACGUUUAGGAUCAAAAGAAGGCGAAGAAGCAAAUAAAAUUUUAUUCUAUUAUCCCAAGAACGAAGAGUUAGAUAAAAAAAUUAAAAAUGUUGGGCUUUGCGAAGCAAUCAUCAAAUUUACAAGUGCAUUUACAUCGAAUUCUGACGUAAAGAAUGUCAUUACACAAAAAACUGUUCAAAUAUAUUUUCAACCUGAGACAGAGUUUUGGAUGAUCUUUACGUUAUAUGUUCCAUACAACGUAAAACUCAAAUUAAAUCAAGAGCAGAUUGACUACCGAAAUGAUGAUGCACAUAUAUAUGUUUAUUAUCACAUGAUUCAACAAAUUUAUGCAUCAUUUAAACUAUUGCAUGGUACAUUAUUGAGCAACUUUCGAGGUAAUACAUUAACAGCACAACAAGAGAAUCUAUCAGCUGUUCUAGAUAAGUUUUUCAAUACUUUUUCAAUUAAUAACUACCCAAAAAGUACUGAAAUUUUCAAUAUCUUUCAUUCUGUAAAUUACUUUGCUGUAGACAAAUUGAACUUUUUGAGACAUCAAGCAUUUUCUAACAUGAUAAAGUCAACUUUUUCGGACAUAGAUUAUUCUAUUUUUUUAUUUCGUCAAAAAAUAUUGUGGAGUAGCUUAUCAUCAGAAACUUUGUUUAAUUUCUAUGAGUAUUUAAAAAGAGAAAGAUUCUUAAAAAGAGAAAAGGAAAACACAACUAUUUGGAUAGAUGGAGUAAGAUAUAUUGUUUUAAUUUACAAAACAGUAAAUUGCAUAAAUUGUCAUUUCGUCAAAUGCAAUAAAAAUGGUAGAGAAAAUUUAUUCAAAGAUUUAUGUACAUUUAUGGAUGCUCAAGUAAUUAAAAUAGAAAUCGAUUUAGAAAAUUUAAAAAAAUCGUUUCCACAAGAAAAGUUGGAUGCAAUUUACAAACAUAUAUUUUUGAAUGAGUUAACUUAUAAACACGAAAGUUCUCUUUCAAAUCUCUUGAAGGACUCUACGAUAAUUCCAUUAGAUAUUACAAAUAUUUUAGCGGACAUGUUUGAAUAUGAGUCAGAAUCAAGUGUAGAACUGGUUGUAAAGACACACAACGAUUUUUGGAUUAUUCAAAAGACCACAAAUUGUCGUCAUUACUUUCUAGUAACAUGCAAAUCCACUAGUACAUUAAUUGAGAUCACAGAAGAAGCAACCCACUUAAUGAAAAAUCACAUUCGUAACAUUUUUUUCUUUUAAAUAUGUAUUAAAUAAAGUUUUGAGUGUUUUACUCUGAGAUAAUCGAUA